AGCGCCAUUCGUUGGACUUUUCGCAGAGGUAGCCAAAAAUUGCGAAAGGUGUUUGCUAUUUGCAUUUUGCAUCAUUUGAUUUUCGAGCUAAUUUCACGUUAAAAUUUAUCAAAGAAAUUUUAAAAUGGCUCAGAAAACUCCAGUAAGUGUGCUACAGGAGUGUUGUGCCAGAAACAACAUCAAUUUCCCCAUCUAUGAAGAGGUUCCCAGUGGUCUCGAAAAACUCUUCACCAUUCGCGUCCAGGCCUUUGGAGAAAUGGCUGAAGGAACAGGACGAUCAAAGCAAGAUGCUAAACAUCUAGCUGCGGCAAAUUUGCUGAAGAUUGUGGAGAAAGAUAUGGAAAACCCGGGAGAUUUUUCUAAAUUGGAAACGAAUAAUCGGUCAGAAAUUGACUAUGUAGGUACUCUCCUGGAUAUAUGCGUCAAGAGAAAUCUGCCUGUGGCCAGUUUUAAUUUGAUCGACUCUCACGGACCCUCCCAUGCGCCAUCUUUCACAUACGAAUGCACAGUUUCUCAGCUCAAGAAAAAAGGCACACAUUCCUCCAAGAAGGGUGCUAAGCAAGUGGCAGCCAAGGCUAUGCUUGAUCUGGUGCAGGAAAUGUAUCCGGAUGACCAAAAAAUCCUAGUACCUGUGGAUGUGGCAAUGGAGGCUGAAGAGACACGCACAAGUAGCCUGUUCAAGAGCUACCGCGAAUGGAAGAAUUCGGAUUCCAAGUAUAUUCCGGGCGUUAAAUUGGCUGAUCGACACAAUUUCUUUGUAAAUCUCCAACCUGAGAAGUACGAAAAAGCUCUGGCUGUCCUGGAUGUCGCAGAGACAGAUAAAGAGAAGGCACACUUGCUGGCGGAUGCCCUGGGUUUCCCUCUGGAGGUAUUUCGUGUUUUUGGAGAGGAUUGUGAGCUGACUGUCCUGGAGCUCGAAUGCGAUUUUGAGACUGUCCAUGUUGGCACUGAGGAACAUGUCUACCGUGAUUUUCUGUCCUACAUGAAAAUUAUGCUGAAUAUGAAUCCCCUUCGUCAAUAAAUUUCACGAUACGCCCUUGAAUUUUUUCCCCCCGGGUAAAUACUAAUGAAGUUAAUUUCCUACCCAAUUUAUUGUGAUGAAUUACUGAAAUAUUUGAAAUACAGAAUUUUGGUGAAUUA